UAGCUGUUCAGAAUAUUAUUUAUAACUAUAAAUAUUAUAAAAAGUUCAGCGUGUUAGUGAACCAAACGUGGUACCAUACAUUUUCAGGAGGUUAAUAGAUGUGGUAACACAUUCAGGACGUUUCAAUCGAAGGGUGUAAGAAAAGGAAGUGGCAGGAUGAUGGGCAACAUGUGUUUCUCAAAGGGAUAGUGCAAGAGCAGCAAGAUGCCGCGUUUUGUUAAUGCAAGGACCUCUUGGACUGGGAAAGCCUCUGUGACCCAGUUGUUUGCUGGGUGUUCAGAAGACCGGAGGAAAUAUGCUUACUGUUAUUGUUGACUUUUUUAAGAUAGCAGUAAAGAGCACGGUAUCCAAGUUCUCUGUGUGCUGUAUUCAAAUAACUCACAAACGCCUUUCCAAAACCCUAAAAACACUCAACUUUAAACCAUGAACUUUCUGUCAGCUUUAGUGACAUUUGAAAACCUCCAUGAGGUUCGGAGGUUGUGUCACUGGGGGCCAGUCAUAGCUCUGACAGUCAUUGCCAUAUGUUCUUCAAUGGCGAUAUUGGACUCCGUUAUCUGGUAUUGGCCACUGGACACUACAGGAGGCAGUGUCAACUUUAUUAUGCUUAUCAAUUGGACUGUCCUCAUCCUUUACAACUACUUCAACGCCAUGUUUGUUGGCCCUGGAUACAUACCGCUGGGAUGGAAACCAGAAAAACAACAGGACACCCAAUAUUUACAGUUCUGCAGACUGUGCCAAGGCUACAAGUCCCCAAGAUCUCACCACUGCCGCAAGUGCAACAGGUGUGUGAUGAAGAUGGACCACCACUGCCCAUGGAUAAACAACUGCUGCGGUCACCAGAACCAUGCCUACUUCACUAGCUUCCUGUUAUUAGCGCCUUUAGGCUGUUCCCAUGCCGCAAUCAUUUUCAUCAUGACCAUGUACACACAGCUUUACGAGAGAAUCUCUUUUGGUUGGAGCACUGUGAAGAUUGACAUGAGCGCCGUCAGACAUUUUCAACCCAUCAUGCCAUUCAGUGUGCCUGCCUUUGCCGCCACUCUCUUUGCCUUAGGGUUGGCAUUGGGCACAACCAUUGCUGUUGGCAUGUUGUUCGUAAUACAGAUAAAAGUAAUCCUUCGAAACAAGACCUCAAUCGAGGCCUGGAUUGAGGAAAAGGCCAAAGACCGAAUCCAAUACUACCAAACCGGAGAGGAGUUCAUCUUUCCCUAUGACCUUGGGAGCCGCUGGGAGAACUUCAGACAGGUGUUCACCUGGUCAGGGAUGCCUGAGGGCGACGGUAUCGACUGGCCCGUCCACAAGAAGUGUCACCAGCACACCUUAACAAUUGAGCAACUGAAGCAGAAAGCUGAUAAGAGGGUGAGAAGUCAGGUCCAGUACAGUGUAGUGGAGGACUACAAUGGGGCCUGUUGCCCACUGAGCAAGGGGAUCAACACCUUCUUUAGGACUCCAUGUACAGAGGAGCCCCGGAUCCCCCUCAGCAAGGGGGAGACCAUUCUUGCAACCCGGGGCACCAAAUGGUGGAUGUACGGAGACAAAGUCCUGGACGAGAAUCAAAAAAAUGCUGGAGCUCGCAUGAGGGGAUGGUUUCCACGGAGAUGUGUUGAGAAGUGCCAUUACGACACGGCAACCACUGAAACCACUAGCGAAGAAAAGAAAGUGAAUUAAUGUGUUGCAGUCUGAACAUGGAGCAUGUGUCAAAGUAAACCCCCGGAGAAAAGUGUAGAGGCAGAUGGUGUUUUGUCUUCUGGGUGUGGCCUCUGCUAUUAAUGGGAUAGGUCAACAUUUCUGUUUGCUUUUACUAGCUAGACUAAACCAACCCUGUUGAUUCCCUUAAAUCUUCUUUAGAUAUCUAAAGUUGACAGGAUUUUAGCAAUGCUAAUUUGAACAAUUUGACUAAAUGUUUUUUCUCUAGAAAUCCCCCAAAUACUGAAAUGGGUACAUCAGGUUGAAUCAACUGGUGUCUGGAUAGAAUAAAAGCAAGCAAGGUGUGAUGAUAUCACAAAUAACACAGUUGUGUGGCUUGGUGGCAUCUCAACAUGAACAGAUCAGUGUGUCUAUAUCUCCCAUUUGUAUUCAGUUCCUACUUACAUAAGGAAUUUGGUUGCUUUUCAAAUUGGAAUUGAACACGUAUCAGGUUUGUACCAAAUAGAAUUUUCUUAAAUGAUUGACCUAAACACAUUUUAGCAAGCACUACAACUACAUUAUACAAUGGGACAAUCUGCAGAUAACUGUCAUACCUUCAAGAGUAUAGUUUGAUCCCUGUCAGAAAGAACUGUCUUCAGUCUUAAGUUGUAUGAGUAACGACACAAAGCUAAAUUGCAACUUUGGUUACGAGAUCACUUGAAUCUGGAACGUUUUAUUUUUGUUAAUGUCCUUUAAUGCUGAUUAUGCAAUGCUUCCAGCCCAGAUUAACCUAGGGCUUUGUCAUGCAAUUUGUCUUCAAAGUACAAAAGAAAACGCUUUCAUUUAAAACAUUUAUUUUAUUUUUGUAAAACCGUUACCCUCAAAGUAUGAAUUUAAUAGAAAUUAAACAAAUUCCUCAGUU